AUGACUACAGCCUAUCAUCCGCAAACAAAUGGCCUCACAGAGCGAUUCAACAAAACGCUAGCAGAUAUGCUUUCUAUGUAUGUUGAUGUCGAACAGAAGAACUGGGACCAGAUAUUGCCGUUCGUCACAUUCGCCUACAACACUGCCAAGCAAGACACGACAGGUUUUACGCCCUUCUACCUACUACAUGGGCGAGAAGCUGAAACGCCUUUGGAUACGAUGUUUCCUCUCUGCCCCAACGACUUCAGCCAAGAAGACGAUUAUGUAAGUCAUCGGAUCAAUAAGGCAGAAGAAUCGAGGCAAUUAGCUCGUGCACGAACUCUCGAGGCUCAGCAGAAAGAUCGCCGGCAUUAUGACUCCAAACAUCGGAUAGUGGCAUACGAACCAGGGGAUUUAGUGUGGUUUUUUAUUCCAGUUCGUAAAAAAUGGCUUUCCGAGAAGCUCCUCAAGAGGCCCUUAUCAAGUUUUGUGGCGGUUGACCGACGUCACUUAUGA